UUUGUUGCCUAUUCAAACGUACAAGGCAAAUACCUACGAGCAAGGUAUAUUUUGCAUGCCGAUGACUAGCGCAAAGUAAAGUACGAGGUGUUAAAUUAUUGUAAUCAGUUCUAUUGUGGACAGCGGUAGUAUUAGCGAGAGGUUUUUACAAAUAAAUAACCAAUACACCUGGGCUAAUAUAGUAUACGACAACAUAAUUCAAAUAUUGUACCUGAUCAAAAAAAGCAUUUAUUUUUUAUUCCUACAAAUUUUAUAAACAUACUUACACUAUGGCUACUCUGCUUCCUGGAAAUAUCGUCUACGGUGGACCAAUUACGUGCACUGAGACACAUGCCUACAAAUCUCUAGGUCAUUUCAUUCUCGAGAAAUAUAAGAGCUUCGGCAAUCAAAUAACUUUGAUAGAUGCAGUGACUGGUCAAGAGUAUACAGCUAAAAAUUUGUAUGACUCUGUAGUGCGUAUGGCUUAUGUACUACAACAUUUGGGUGUCAAAAGUGGAGAUGUUGUGGGACUAUCCAGCGAGAAUAAUGUUCGCUUCGCUAUUACUCUGUUCGCUUCAUUUGUCGUCAAUGCUACGGUGGCACCAUUAAAUGUAACCUAUUCAGAGCGUGAAGUUCAUCAUGCAAUUAACUUGUCUAAACCCAAGGUGAUAUUUGCUUCAAAACUUACCAUCGAUCUCAUUUCGAAGGUAGCAAAAAAGAAUAGCUUUGUAAAAAAACUUGUUGUAUUUGAUACAAAUGGUUCUGGAGAAAAAAUUUUAAAUUUCGAUGAACUCAUGAGCAGCACGAAAAUUGCAUCAAAAGAUUACUAUGAUACAGUCGUAGCGAACAAAACGGAAGAUGUUGCGCUAAUUGUGUGCUCCUCAGGUACUACUGGGCUUCCCAAAGGUGUUCAACUAACACAGUAUAAUAUUCUUUCUACACUUGAUUCGCAACUUGAACCAACAUCUGUUCCCAUGGGCGAGACAACAGUACUAACGGUGAUUCCUUGGUUUCACGCAUUUGGUUGUCUUACGUUAAUUAUUACAGCAGUUUUGGGAACUACUUUGGUGUAUCUGCCAAAAUUUGAAGAACAUCUUUUCCUCGGAGCUAUUGAGAAAUACCGUGUAAUGAUGGCAUUUAUGGUGCCACCAUUGAUGGUCUUCUUAGCUAAACACCCACUUGUAGAUAAAUACGAUCUGUCUUCGUUGAUGGUUUUACUUUGCGGCGCGGCACCACUAAGCAAGGAAACAGAGAACCAAAUAAUAGAGCGGAUUCACGUACCCGUUAUUCGUCAGGGCUAUGGUUUAAGUGAGUCGACGCUUAGUCUUUUGGUACAAAACGAUACGACUUGCAAGCCAGGCAGCGUGGGCGCUCUUAAAUUGGGAAUUUAUGCCAAAGUUAUCGACACGGAAACAGGAAAACCGCUCGGUCCCAAUCAGCGUGGUGAGCUGUGCUUCAAAGGUGAUUGCAUCAUGAAGGGCUACAUUGGUGAUACCAAAUCUACACAGACAGUGAUACAAGAUGGAUGGCUACAUACGGGCGAUAUUGGCUAUUUCGAUAAUGAUUUUGAGUUCUUCAUUGUGGAUCGAAUCAAAGAACUAAUCAAGUACAAAGGCUUUCAAGUGCCACCAGCUGAAAUUGAGGCUUUACUAUUGACGCAUCCGAAAAUAAAAGAUGCCGCUGUUAUUGGAAAACCAGAUGAAGAAGCUGGUGAAUUGCCAAUGGCCUUUGUUGUAAAACAAGCAAAUGUGGAACUAAGCGCAGAUGAUGUGAUAAAAUUUGUGGCAGAGCGUUCCUCGCCAGCGAAGCGUUUGCGUGGUGGUGUAAUAUUUAUUGAUGACAUUCCAAAGAAUCCUAGUGGUAAAAUUUUGCGUCGAGUAUUAAGGGAAAUGCUAAAGAAGCAAUUUUCAAAAUUAUAAACAAGCUACGUAUACAUACAUACAAUACAUAGCUAAAUAAAUCAUAUUAAUAUUGGCAUAGGAAGACUUUAGUAAAUUAUAAUUAUCAGGUUAUAGUACACCGCAAAAAAAAAAAUGUAAGCACAAAAAGUACCGUUCAAUUUUUUUUUGUUGGAUAUUAUCUAUAUACUAAAUAUACAUACAUAUAUGUGUGUAUAAGCAGAAAGGUUAAUUAAAUAGGUUAGAAAAAAGCUCUUAAACAAAAGACCCAAUUGAACUUUGGAAAUGUUUACUUAUCGUGCCAGUGAUAGAGAUGACGGAAUCGACGUAUUUUUUUUAUUUGUAUGCUAGUUUCUGAUUUUUUGACGGUUACCAUAUCUAGAGAUUGUUGGCUAAAGUUUAAUUACACAGUUUUAUACCAAAUACAAUUUUUUAUUGCAAAUAUAAACCAAAUCUAUGUUUUCCACCUAUGGACUUUGUAAAAUAAAUGUACUUACUCAAUUUCAUUAAACUGGGUUUAAAUUAACUGGUUUAAAUUUUAUCUACGCAAAAUGAGCAACUAAUUUACGUGUCUUUCGUGAAACUUUAUUUAUUUUUUCACG